UCUUACACCCCUAGAAGUUUUUAUAAGUUAUCUAGUUACAUUUUAAAUUAGUAGGUUAAAAUGAUUUGCCAAUUUAUUUUGAUGAUAUAAUUCAAGCAGAAAGAAAAAUGCUUUUAAAUCUAGUUUAAAUAACAAUAAAACUUGCCCUUGCCUCAGUCUGUCUACUGGCGCCCCUAGUGGACGAAACGCUUUAAAAGUUGUCAAGUUAUGUAUUGCAGCGUCGCUUUGUUAGCACGUGCCAAGGUCACUUUCUUUAACGGUGACUUUCGCGGCUUUAUUCACAUGUAGUGAUGAAUUACGAGCUGUUAUUUAUCUGUACUGCAUGUGUGUUAUAAAGCGAUGGUGUGUCAGAUGAUGCUCCUGCGGUUGAUGUUCCUGCUGAUGCUGCAGCGCCGAGCGCAUCUCUCUGUACAUUAAAAGCAUGGACUGCUGAUACACACCUGCCCGAUCCCGCGUGCGCUUACAAGCAUCACAUCAUUCAGAUGAUAAAGGACUGAAGCGAUGCUGGCAGCCGCUGGAGAAUGUCAGCUCUGAAAAAGGUGUUACCAUGGAUACUGCAGACACAUUGCUGCCUUUUCCUUGACAAGAGUUCAGACCAGCAGUACUCCCCCUGGUCGCCAUCCCGAGAUUUCAAUGAGGAUAGUAGCCUCGCUCCACCCAGGAACAUGAAGGGCUUAUCAGGUGGACGUGCACCGCACCAGAUUCCCACGCUGCCCCCGUGUGGGCUGGCGGAGUGCGAGAAUCUCCAUGACCUGCACGGCAUGCACGUGUCCGACCUGCGUCACUCCUACCUGCUCAGCCCUACGGAGACCUGCGUCAUGGACUUCCAUCAUCGCCUUUCCCCACGCAGCUCCAUCCACUCUGACUGCAUGAUCAUGUCACCUGUGGCGCUAACCUCCACUGCCCCCGCCGACCACGUCUCCAGCAGCACGUUUCCCAGAAUGCACUACAGCUCACAGUACUACGACCCGGCCGCACGGGAAGACUGCGCAGCCAUCACCGCCUCAGCCACAUCCGCCGCCGCAACGUCCGGUCCUCACCACGGCAGCAGCAAAAGCAACCGCAUCCCCGCCAACCUGCUGGACCAGUUUGAGAAACAGCUUCCGCUCCACCGCGACGGCUUUCACACGCUGCAGUACCAACGUGCGUCGGCCACCGGAGGCGGCGGCGAGCAGCGCAGCGAGAGUCCAGGUCGCAUCCGCCACCUGGUGCACUCGGUCCAAAAACUCUUCACCAAGUCCCACUCGCUGGAGGGUUCGUCCAAGAUGAACGGCACCAAAGGCGACGGCGGAGGCAGCGGAAGUCAUCACCAUCACCACGGCAACCAUCACUCAUCCAAGCACGGCAGCAAGCGCAGCAAAAGCAAAGAGCGCAGGCACCGGUCAGGUACGGGUGGCUGGUGGAGCUCCGACGACAACCUGGACAGCGAUAGCACGUACCGCACGGCCGGCGCCCUAAGCCGCCACCACCACGAGCACGUCGCUCACAGCUUCCCGGAAUCCAUGCACAGUCACUUUGGAGACCACUCCCUCAAAACCUCCAAAAGCAACAAUGACGUCAAGUGCUCGGCCUGCGAGGGUCUGUCCAUGGCACCCGAGGGAAAAUUCAUGAAGAGAAGUUCCUGGUCCACGCUCACUGUCAGCCAGGCCAAAGAGGCCUAUAGAAAGUCCUCCCUUAAUUUGGAAAAGCCCAUGAUUCAUCAGGACCUUAAACCAUCAUUCCGGUCUUCACACUACCUACAGGUGCCUCAGGAUGAAUGGGGGGGUUAUCCCGGGAUCGACAAGGAAGAGGAGAUCCCGUGCCGCCGGAUGCGUAGCAGCAGUUACGUCAAAGCCAUGGGAGAUGAUGAUAGCGGUGAGUCUGAUGCCAGCCCUAAAACAUCCCCUCAGAAGACCGUCCGGUCUGAUGCCCUUGUCCUCAAAUCAGCCAUGCAGAGGCCACAUAUAGACACCCAAAGUUCGGGCUACCACUUGCAAACAGCGAGAGAUAUGCGCCCUCACCCCAGCGUUUCUCUGGACCCAGCAACCAACCCUCCACAGUUUCGCUCCAGAAACCAGAGCUACAUGCGUGCAGUCAGUACCUUCAGUCAGGCGAGCUGCGUCAGCCAGGUGAGUGAGACUGAGGUCAAUGGCCAGUUUGAGUCAGUUUGCGAGUCCGUUUUUAGCGAAGUAGAAUCCCAGGCCGUGGAGGCCUUGGACCUGCCCGGCUCUUUCCGCACUCGAAGCCACAGUUACCUGCGUGCAAUUCAGGCUGGGUAUUCCCAAGAUGAUGACUGCUUGCCUUCAAUGACAUCCUCCACUGUUACAUCAACUCUCAGAUCCACAACAGCACAAAUGGUGGAAUACAAAGAGACGGAAUAUAAAUACAGAUUGUUGCAGAUGAUCGUGGAACAGCUUGGAAAACAGGAUGGGAUCCAGUUUCGUCUCCCUACUGCCUGUGGUGUGGACCGAACAGAAACCCAAACACCAGCGGCAGUGACAUAUACACCUGGUUACAAAAAGACUCCUCCGCCUGUACCUCCACGCUCCACCACAAAGCCGCUGAUUUCCGUAACGGCACAGAGCAGCACAGAAUCGACCCAGGACGCUUACCACGAAGGCCGACUGUCGCGUGCAGGGCUUUGGGCACCGGACAGCCUCGGCCGGGGUAUUUACCACUCCACCGACAGUCUGGACAGCGCUAAGGCGGUGACCCUAGCGAUGGAGAGCGCCGGGGCCAAGCGACUCACAUCUGCGGGGAGCUACAGCUCGGUGCAGACCUGUGAUAAAGCCAUCUUGGUGUCCAAAGCCGAGGAAUACCUCAAGACUCCCCGCUCGUCCAUCGGGAUACAGGUGGAAGCGGCCACAGACUCUGAAACGGACAGUAAAGGUCUACCGCAGUAUCAGUCCGUGGGCAUCCAGGUGGAGGAUGAGAAGCGACUGGGGCGCUUUAAACGGUCCAACAGUGUGACGACGGCAGUUCAGGCCGAUUUGGAGUUGGAGGGGUUUCCAUCGACGGAAGACAAGAGUCUGCAGUUCGGAGGAUUCCAGCGGCACUCCGAACCAAGUACGCCGACACAGUACAACGUGGUUCGGACCGUACGGACACAAGGUCUCUUCAGCUAUCGUGAGGACUACCGGCCCUCCAGCGGACCGUCCAGCCCGCAGCCCGAACCCUGGCUGGUGGAACCCGCACACGAAGCGGCCGAAUCCGGUCGCGUGUCGCCACUCCGACGUGACGGCAGCUGGUUUAUGCAGCUUCUCCACAGUGAAACCAAACGUUUGGAGGGCUGGUGUAAAGAUAUGGAGCGUGAAGCAGAGGAACAUGACCUGUCAGAGGAGAUUCUCGGGAAGAUCCGGAGUGCUGUGGGCAGUGCUCACCUCCUCAUGUCCCAGAAAUUCCAGCAGUUUUACUGGUUGUGUCAGCAAAAUCUGGACCCCAGCGCUAUGCCCCGGCCCACGGCUCAGGACCUGGCUGGUUUCUGGGAUCUCCUGCAGCUCUCCAUUGAUGAUGUCACUGCCAAGUUUGAUGAGCUGCAGCAAAUCAAGAGCAAUGAUUGGAGGAUAGUGGAGAGUCCGGAGAAGAAGGAAAGAAAAUGGCCGCCUCCUGUGUCAAAGAGACCUCCUAAAGGUCGUGGGAUGAUGCGCGAGCGCUCAUUGGACCUGCAGGACCGUCAGAGGCAGGAGGCUCGCCGCAGGCUCAUGGCUGCGAAACGGGCUGCAUCUUUCCGUCAGAGCUCGGUUACGGAGCGGGCCGACAGCAUAGAGAUCUACAUCCCAGAAGCCCAAACCCGCUUAUGAAAAACACACAUGCACUCGUCCGACUACGCCUUCCCUUGCACCAAUGCGCGUCACCAACAGGGUACAUCCAUUUUGCUCCAUGUCAGCCCUCCACCCGUGAUGCACUUCCUCUGCCGUGAGCUGAGAAUAGUGGUGAAUUCAAUGCAAGACCUGCAGCUACUUUAGCCCAACUCCUGUUUUACUUUAUUUUAGUAUGUUCAGAGGCGGUAACAAAGCAUAGGUUGUGGGACAGACGCAGUUAGGAAAAACUUUCAAAAUGAUUCUUGAGCAUUGGCACAACAUGAAUGUCACAGCAUUGGCAGUUUAUCUAUGGGAUGAUUCUCUCAAACCGAGCACGCCGGAAAAUGACUCCAAACUUGAGUUAUGGAUCGAGUUUAGGAAAAGCAACGAUUCUCUCUUCUCAAAAUGUACAAAGCAGUUGUACUUCAAUUCUAUUCGUAUUUCCAACGGAAAUGUUGAUCUGGACCGUCGUGGUAUUGUUGCGAGGUUUUGCUUCUAGACGGAAAUGUAAUUUUAGCUUCAGCGCUUGACACAGGUCGAGUCAUGCUCUAAUUUGCACUUUCGAAUAGAUUCUCUGUUAAAAUCCUACGACUUUAGAUGAAAAAUUCAUUGAGCCCAGAAAAGCCUUGACAUCAUUCAGUCAUACAGUAAAAGCUUGACUUUCAUUGACCGACAUACACUAAAACAAGUAUUUACAACAUCAAUCUUCCUCAGCGUUCGCCACUCAAGGUAGUCUGUGACAUAUAAAGGUGCAUAAGAAACUUUAAUAAUAUUACUGUAUGUAAUGGUGCUGCUUUAUACUCUAAAAUGUAGAUGCCCCUUCCUCACCUUUCUGCACAGCACUACGAACCACCUGUGGACUUUUUAAAGGGAGGUUUAACAUGGUGUAUCGAUGCAUUAUUGCUAGGGGUUUAGAAAAGAAACACAUUUGUUUUAAUUUGGAUAUUUGUUUUUAUUUGUAUAUCACACUUUUUCAGUCCAGCAUUUGCACAAAAUGCUUUCACCUUUGAGACCCUGGUGUAAGAUGGACAGAGCCGAUGAAUUAUUGAAUACCGCACUUAUGUGAAAAAACUUCACAUUUUCUAAUUUGGCUUUGUGCUUUGUUACCUUUAAUGUGUGGACUACGGAAAGAUUCGCUUAUUAGCUUCACUUGUAAAUAGGACCGUUGCAUUUAUUUAUCACUUUACUGGCACAAUAUUGAAUUUUACCAGUCCGCAUCUGUGCAUAAUAAUGAUUCAGAUGUCUGAUCAAUCCCUGGUUCCAAGCCUAACAUCCCAGGCUACAUUGCUAGGAGUGCUAUUUACUCUCUAGCAUAACUGCUGCUGCUUACUGUACGUUGAUAAGGCUUAGCAGACUUAGCAAAUUAAUCCCGAGCUUGUUAGCUAUUUUCUUUACCUGCCAGCCUUACAGCAUUUUAAGCAAAAAGCGUUGUGAAUGUACUGCCCUGCUCUUGCAAAAAAAAAAAAAAAGAAGGAAAGGAACUGUCAACAAAUAAUUUCAACAAAAGUCAAUUCAAUCCAAAGCGUUGUCUGGAUAGCAGAUGUAUAGCUUACAGUUAAAUAAAAAAAAUUGUCAUCAUUUACUCACCCUUAUGUCAUUCAAACACUGUUUCCCUAUAAAAUAAUGUAUCUUGUGUGCUAUCUUCCAAAGUCUAAAGGGGCUUGUACACCAAAGCGUUUAAACGUUAAAAUGCCAACCAGACGCCGAGUGUAGGCGCUUGUCAGCUUUUUUCAGCUGAGCGCUUUGGCUGUUAUGGUACUUUUGCUUUGUUUAUCGUUGAGCGCUGUGCCAUUGUGUGAUAUUUGUCCCACCCCUCCUCUACUGUGAUUGGAUGGCCGAGUGAAAAGUGACAUUGACAAGCUGAGAGUUUACCCAAUUUUUAACUCUCGGCACUCAGCGUUAAGUGCGGAAAAUGGCGCUGAACCCGCCAGCUGCUGGCGUUUUUGAAAAGCGUGAUGCUUUCAUUAAAAACAUACGACGACCGCCGGCUGAACUGCUUGGUGUGCACGCCCCCUAAUGCUGCGUUAACACCAGCCAUGGUAGAGGCGGCAAGCACAGGUGAUUUACAAGUCAAUGCAAAGACGCGAUUAGGCAUCCUGUGGCGGAAUUGAGGGUUGCCGCGGGAAACACGCGAGUUCAACCAAUCAAGACCUUGCUGUAGUAGUGACGUGAUUACAGCGGAGUCGCAGAGCCCCUCCCAUGACGCGAAUUUCUGCGUGAAUUUCUCGAAUGACUAGAAUUUCACAUGCGGUUUUCACGCGAGAAUAAAGCAAGUGAACUCGAAUGUUCAAGCGUUCAACUACUCGCGAAUAGCGCAUUUUUACCACAUUUACCGUGGCUGGUGUAAACGCACUGCAAGGGCUAGAUUUACUAACAGCUUGCGCAAGUGCAAACGCCUCUUCUGCAGUUUCAAAACUCCUGUUGGGAUUUGCGAAAGACGUGCAGUGAAAAUGCUUUGAAAAGGCAUAUACGUAGUUAUUUUUGUGACUGACCUUAUUGCAUAUGCAUUUGUAGGAGUGGAGGUGAGUAAAUGAAUUACGAAACGUGAUUUACUAAGGUUUGCACUUUUCAGUUUACUGGUAGUCUAUUUGCGGCACUAUUUAACACCAAAAAGCAUCUCUUAAAUUGCGUUGGUCAUUAUUGAAAUUUCAGCUUGCGUCAAUGCUAUUUUGGAAUGGCGCUCUUACACUAAUUUGCCCCAUUUGGUAAAUCUGGCCCUGCGUGGUUUUUAAGUCUAACUGUGGGUUUACACCAAACGCGAAGCGUGCAAUCACAUCGCGUUGCUCACUCUAGAUUACUCACGGGAUUUAACUUUGUGUCAUGCGAAUUUUUCGCUCAAGUUGAAUAUUUUCAACGUGGGCAAAGACGUGUUUAAGGCGAAUAGCGCGUGUUUUCAAUGCAAACGCGCUGGCCAUAUCGCGUCAUUCGCAUAAGCCCACGCGAGGACGUGUCUGAUCGCGUCUUUGCAUUGACUUUGUAUGUAACCUACUCGCGCAAAUCGUUGAACUCGCAUCUGGUGUAAACCCACAGUUAGUCUAUACAAUAUCCUCUGUGUUAGGAACAAGCUAACAAUUUACUUAUUUACUGAAAUUCUUCAACAUCCACAACUCGAUUAAAUUAAAAUAUUUUUUUUGCUUGUAUUCAGCUACAAAUCAGCACACGCCAUAGCAGGUGGCGAAGAACAAUAUUUGAGAGCUUGAAUUAUUAUUUAAAAAUGUUUGUGUGUGUGAUGUAGCCACAUUUAAAAAAACUUGAAAUUUAAAAUUUUUAAGCUUGACAGCCAGGUGGCGCUCUACAUUUUCAUUGUAUAGAAAACUGCAAUUUAGCUGGCAUGCAUUUAACGUCGUUUUUGUUUUCUUUGUUUCUUUGUUUUCAUUUAAUGCCUAGUUUGUUUCAAAGUUUUGAAUGAUAUGAGGGUGAGUAGAUAAAAUCUCAGUUUACCGAUCGAUCUCUGUCCGUUUCUCAAACGAAAGGCUGCAUCCUCCAGAGGUCGCAUAUGCAGGCUGCAUACGUCAUCAAGCCUGGUUUAUUUCAGUUAACUGGGCAUUACAUUCGCAAGUCAUAAGCAUAUUACAACCAUUUACGAUUAACUAAGUAAAAUAGUAAACUUGUUAAUAUUCUGAAAUAACGUCUUUAUGGCGUAUUUAUCCUACAAAUGCGACCUCCGAAGGAUUCGAGAAACGGCCUGUCCUCACCUGUGGUCAGGAGCUUUUGUAAGUGGACUAAAAUUAGCUUUUUCGCAGAUUGCCUGGGCUAAGGGUGUAAAGCUCGUACAUCCAGAAGAAGCUUGGAAUUUGAAAGGAGUCAGAUGAUCAGCAUCUGGUCAGAAUGCCUUCUUAAUGCGUUUUUGUGAAGGUGCCAGAUAAGAAGGACAAUGUUGAUAAGUAGUGUAGUGAAACAGUUUAGUGGCUCAGUAUUGCUGUUGUGAUUAUACAGAAUCUUAAAAGAAACAUUUAUUUUUUCGGUAUGUACCACGCAUACAGAGAAUCAAAAAGAGCUUUCCAAUUGGUCCAGUACAUAGUUCAAGAGCGAGAUGGAAAGGUUUUGAUGUUCUUUGCAGACAUCAGUGUGUACAUUCUCCUACUGUAACUGCUGCUAAAUACAUACAAGUACAGUUGUCAUCUUGCACAUUUUAUAUAAAUAGCUAAUAGAUGAAAUAAUAUAUUACAGCCCUCACGACAGGUGUCGUUCUCCUUGAUGUGUUGGGUACCUGACCCAUUUCGACUUUUGAAAAUGAUUCCUAUUUAAAGGCAUGUAGUGUAUCAAGAUUCUUCAUCUUUGUGUUUUUCCAAAUCUACUUGACUUUUUUUUCUCUGCAGAACACAAAAUGGGAAAAUUUUAAGAAUAUCCUGGCCCUUUUUUAAUUAAAUGAAUAAAUAUGGACUUGGGGCUGUCACUUCCCAAAAGCAUCAUAAAAGUAUCAUGAAGGUGGACCAUCAUAUAUUUGCAAUGUUGUACAGUAAGUCUUACAGCAGCUUUUUGUGAGAAACAGACUGAAGUUGAAUCAAUUGGAUCAUUAAAUUAGUAGUCUCACAUAUCCAUAAUGAAGGUCUGGAUUUUGUGUGUUUUCUUGCCAUUCACACUUGCUAAAUAUGAUUGGAUUUAAAUCGGAAAAUCGUAUUUGGACUGACAGUGUGAUCAAGGUCUAAUUUAAUAGUCUCAGCCUUGGAACCAUGGGCCGAAUCUCUGAUGCAUACGGCACACUACACUUUUCGUUCCAUUGACUUCCAUUCAUAGGCAUGCAAAUGCGUCAGACUACAAAUGCAAGCUUUCAAGCUUCUGACCUGCGAAUGUGACCAGUAGAAAACCAGUCCGUCAUGGUGUGACUUUUCUCUCUACUGAAAAGCAAAGAUGGACGAAGAUGGUGUGCAACCAGUAAAUCAUUUAACAACAACAACAAACAUGUUAAAAUAUUUAUUUUACAGUAGAUUACACUAAUCUUUAAAGACUUUAUGCCGUGAACCUUGCAUACUAAGUUUGGCAUUUAUUUGAUUUAUUCAAUCUAAGUAUUGUCACUGAUGUAACCAUGACAGCUUUCUUAGGGGCGGUUCACAUUUUGCGUCUAAAUCUGCGCAGAAAGCGCAAAUGUCUGUUGGUUCUUGUCACGUGACCUGUGGUGCGCUUCUGCGCUUCAAUUCUAAAAAGUUGAAAUGUUUUUAACUCGAUGCGGUGCAGACGCGCCUGAAAAAACCCCGUCGCUUCCAUUAUGAGCGUGCAUACCGCGCGCCUACAUUUGAAAUAACGAACUUGAGCGUGCAAAAGACGCAAAAUGUAAAUCGCCCUUUACACGAGCACAGACGUCUCCCGGAAAUCAUGUAUAAUUCAACCAAUCAGAGGGCGAAAAUGCUAAAGUGUGUUUCCAGUUAAAGUGGCGGUCAUGCUAGACUUUGAGCGUGCAAAUAUUUUUCAUACGUUGCUGCGAAUAUGGGCAGGGAGUGCAUCGUCCAUCUUUGCUUUUCAGUAGAGAGAAAGGUCACACCAUGACGGACUGGUUUUCUAUUGGUCACAUUCGCAGGUCAGAAGCUUGCAAGCUUGCGUUUACGGUCUGACGCAUUUGCAUGCAUAUGAAUGGAAGUCAAUGGAACCAAAAGUGUGGUUGUGACCGCCCCAUAAGAGGCUGAGACUAUUCAAUUAGACCUUGUUCACACUGUCAGUCCAAAUAGGAUUUUCAGAUUUAAAUCCGAUCAUAUUUAGCAAGUGUGAAUGGCAAGAAAACACAUAAAAUCUGAUUUUUACCAAUCCAUUUCAAGCUACAUUCAUAUGGAUUUUAAAAGCCUUUUUAAAUCGCAUUUCUGGAAAUACAUUUUAGUUCUGAACACUCUGAUUGGAUUUGGCGUAUAGCUUUUUACUUAUUUUAUGUUCUUACAUUACGUAAAGUGUAAGCACGUAAGACGUGGUUGCAUCAGAAGCAAGGUUGUUGUGUUGUUGUGCAGCAGAAAGGAGUAAAAGCACGUAUGCUAGCACCCUAUGUUUCUGCUUCUUUUGACGCAGUAGUGCAGAACCGCAGCUAUACAUUAACAUAAUGUAAGACAACAUUAAGCGUUUAAAUUCAUGCAGCACUGCGCAGACAUAGAGUCAAAUGACAUCAAAGUAAUGUGAGACGGAUUCGAAAGCACUUCGCUCUCAUGGUAUUUUGAUGUCUUUCAGAAUGCACAGCGCCCAUCACAUUUAUUUCAAGCACCAUGCCAAAUGUCAUUGCUAUAGAAACCAAUGCAGCUAUUCUGGAAAAUGGAUAAACGCUAUAGACGUUUCAGCAGUAACAACAUAAACAAACGUCUUUACAAUGCUUAACUUCUGGUAAACUCCGCAAAGAAUCAAUACCAACCAGAGUAGUUUACUUCUGAUAACAAGCAAAAUAAACAACAAGAUGACCUUAGUUCAAAGUCAUAGCUAAAGCGUAUUAAAAACUACAUUGAGCUAAUGAUACUGUGUAAAAUGUGUACUAUAUAAUCAGGGCUUGACAUUAACUUUUUUGCUCACCAGCCAAAGUGGCUAGUUGUUUUCCAAAGUUACUAGCCACUCAGCAUUUUCACUGGACACAAUUUUGUUGCUGGUAAAAUACAUUUUAUAUGAUUAAACUUGACUUUGGCAUCCUAAAAUGACUUUAAUUUCAGUAAUUGUACUCGAUUUAGCUAGAUUAGAUGCAGAUUGACUUUCAAAUGCAGACUGACCACCCAAAUUAAGACUACAUUAUUUAGCUGGUAAUAUAUCAGUAUAGAUCAUAUCAUAUAUUUAGGUGCAUGAAAAACAUGCUAGAAAGGCAUAAAAAAUUUCUAAUCAAUAUAUUAAAAGUGGAGCGGGGUGUAGAUGAUUAACUGAAAAGAUAAACACAAAACCCCUCGACAACCACUUGAAAUAUUUGUUAACAACAGCAGUAAAUUUGAUAUGCUUGAUCGUGGUUUCUGUUCAAAUUUAUUUAAGACUUUUAAUAGCAAAUGUCGAGAGGCCAUUAUUGUUGCACAAAGUAGCCUACAUUAAAAUGAUGCGCGAACCUCUCAGCUGGUGGGUUUCCUUUGAUUUCAGACAAAACUGGGAUGUGUGCAUUCAGGUAUGCGGUAUGAAUUUCUCUCCGCUCUUGCCCAGAGAGUGUGCACGCACUUUAAAUCACUUCCAUGCAAUUGUUUUAUCUUUCCCGAAGUGUACGUGCAUGCGCUCAGACUGCGUCCCGUGCAUUCGCAAAUCCAUCAGCUCUCGCGCUCUCUCUGGUAAAAAUUAAGGUGGCGCUUUGGUCCGCAACGCGAGCCUCCGCUGAUCGCGCGCGUUUCAAGAUGUUGCGCUGGGUGCAGGGAGUGCUCAUGGGAGUUGUAGUUUCCCAGUGUCAUUGCGCAUUGUUUAUAAUUUCACAUAACUUUAAGAAAACUACAAAAAAAAUAUAUUCAACCAGCCAAAGUGGCUAGUGGGAUUGGCUGUCUUACCCGCCACAGCCGAAAUCUACCCGCAUUUGGCGGGUGUUAAUGUCAAGCCCUGUAUAUAAUGUAUACAAUCUUAACUACAGAUUGCCAUACCUCCCUUCACAUAGCGGUGAUCCAUGAUUGCGUCUCCCAUCGUCUCUAGGAAACCAAUGCAUUUGUUAUUUUGGACGAGGUACUUGUUUCAGAGUUCAGUUUAGCCACUUGCCAGACCAUUAAACAACAGAGACCAGAAGUUAAGUUAUGUCCAGAUGUGUAACCGGGUGAUUCUCACGAAAACUUGGUUUUAAACAUGUCAAGCAUGAAAAUGUAAAAAUUGCUUAAAUUUACUUUUUUCCCACCAGACAUUGAAAAACAAAGUCUGGAGUAAAUGGGAACAUUGAUUAAAAAAUUUUACUUAUCAUUUAACACUUUUUGUAACAUAAUUAAAAAAAUUAGUCCUAAAAAAUCUCAUUACCGCAACAGUCAGAAAACAUCAACACUGACAUAUUUUCAAAAUGACAUGACAAACCUGAAAGAACAUAAUUUGGAGAUUCUGCACAUGCAUUUAAAAUCAAAGUAUUAUGCUUCUAUUAAUUAAAUUAACAUUUAAUAAGCAUCUGUUGCGGUAAUGAUAAUCAAAAUGUUGUGUUAGCAUUCUGACAAGACAAUAUUUCAAAUUAACUGUAAAAAAAUGAUCUUACCUGGUAGCCAUCUUGAAGUAACUGGUCCAUGUGCUUGGUCACUCAAAAUCAAACUUUAUUAAAAUUCUGUAUGUGUGCCUAAACUGUUCUCAAAAAGUGUUGCGGAGGAUGAGAACAUCAGGCAUGGACACAUCAUUUUCCUAAUUUUUCUUCAUUAUUAUUAUACAUGAAUAUUCAGUAAAUAUUUUUUCUGUCAUCUAAAGUAGUCUAGCAAAACAUCCAUUUUUUUUCUUAAUAUUUUUGUGUUAAUUUGAUUAAAUUGCAACAUAACCACUGAUCUAUAUAAAUGACUGGAUUACGCAAAGAACGCUUAACGUAACAGCGUGAGGUGAAGCCAGUGCAGAGUUCGAGCCGCCAUCUUGGUAUACCCAACCGGCAGAGAGCGUCAUUGACUUCCAUUCAAAAUCAUGUUUUAAAUUCACCCGCUUUACAGCGUAUCAGUCCCGCAAGAUUUAUUUUAGGAUAUGUGUACGUAAAUUAACUGUUAAUUCUGGUGUUAUUUGCAAUGUUUAUGUUUUAAUCGGGCAGGAAAAUGGAUUUAUAAAAAAACGUUAAGGUGAGUGUGUCUGCUGCAUUCUGUUAAUGACACGGGUAUAAAUAAAGUUUUUUUUGACAUUCAGCUACACGGUGACGGUCAGUGUUAUUUCUCUAAAUAAGUUGAGGUAACUUGUAAGUUUAAAUAACAUAAUUACAAAACCAUGAAAUUAUUGCAUACACAAACGGUACAAAGUAUGAUUAUUUAUUUAGAUUUCAGAAUGAGCACGUUUGUCAUUAAUACUAAAUAUGCUGCGGUCUGUCUGCUGAUCUGAUACUGUAAUGAAGAUGAAUGUAUAAUAACUGAUUAAAAACUAAAAUGUACAACUUUCAGCAAAUAACUAUGUACAUGCUUAGGACGUUUGUGCUAAUGUACAGGGUAAUUUCAGAUAUAAAAUCGAAGAUGAGUAAAGUGAUGUUUUAUCAUUAAAAUCUGAUCGCGUCCAUUGAUUUAAUAGAACGUUUGGGUAUACCAACAUGGCGGCGCGGUGGCUUCACAGUUGUGACGUCAUGCGCAAUCCAGUCAUUUAUAUAGAUCAGUGAACAUAACGCAUGUUCAAACACAGCCGGACACAUUGCGGUAAUGAGAAUUUCAGCAGAAAAUGAGAUAAAAUUUACAAUUAUAAAUUCUUAUGUUGAAAUCACACAUUGUGCAAGGUAGAACACAGUAUUGUGUUAAUUCUGAAGUUUUUUAAUGUUACUAUAUUACACAUUUUAAAGCUAAAAUCAUUAGUGCCGUGGUGUUUCAAUGGUUUCGUGAGAAUCACCCAACCGCGACAACACGCAUGUGUCUGAUGAAACCGUCUAUACGACACACAAAUCGCAUCUAAACAGUUGUGAUACACAGUGUGGAUAGUCAGUAAUUUAAAUCGGAUAUGCACAAAAUUCAGAUUUACACUGACAGUCUGAACACAGUGUAGUCUUAGUUCAGUUUUUUUCAUCAACACAUUAAGACUGCAUUUACACUGCAUGUUUGAAGUGACUCAGUUCCAUUUGUCCUCUUAUUUGGCACAGAUCGGAUAUGACCGCUGAACCUGUAAGCAAGAAAUAAACGAGAUUCCGAAAUUCUCAUUUAUAUGGGGAAAUAAAUCAGAUAUGAAUUGGAUGCAUGCAUUCACGUCUGCAAUGUAAGCGAACAGAUUGGAUAUUUAAGCUGUUCCGGGUCUGUAUCUCUACUUUAAAUUGUUUUGCCAAGUGUUUAGUGUAAAUCCAGAAAUCGGAUUUGAGUCGCUUAAAA